AUGGAGUUCCUACCAGAAAACCUUCAAACAGUCCUCCAAAAUCCCACAUUCACCUACCUCCAAUCAGCGACACAAGACCACCUCACAACAAAACUCUCGCACCUGCGCGCAAUGGUGCUCCAACCAUACAUAAUCGAGCCUGUCUCGAGUUUCCUCGCCUCCUACUCCUCCGCCAUGCCAGACCUACUCUCAAUAUUCCUUCUCGCCAUUAUAAUCCUCGUCUCCCUCAAGAUUCUAGACUACGCCUACCGCGUGGUCGUAUUCUGGGUCACGCUCGCUUUCAAACUUGUCUUCUGGGGCUCGAUUCUCGGUCUCGGGUGGUAUGUCUACAGCGUUGGUAUUGAGAAUGCCGGCAGGGAUUUCGGGUGGCUUUGGGGUGUGGUAUAUGGAUUUGUCGGCGAUUUUCAGGAAAAGAGCAAGACCGCUGCAGCGGCUUAUGCUGGGAACCCCAAGUAG